GUGGGAAAAUUUUAGAGAAUAAAAUAGAAACCAUUCUGGAAAACUUGAACUAUGACCUAGAAAAGAAAGAAAUCCAAGAUCUACGCAAUCAUCUGAAAAGGGACAAUAAUGGAAAGAUUUCGCUGAGCUCCUUUAUGGGUACAGCAAAUUUAUUUUCUGGUGGUAAAAUUAAUGCCAGUGACACACAACUUUAUCUGGAAAAUGUAGGAAUUGAAUUAACAAGGAAAGAAAGCCUGGAUCUGCUGAACAUAUUGCCAUUGGAUGAUAAUAGAAAGGUGUAUAAGAAUAGAUUGAUGGAUGGAGUGAAGACAUACAGAGGAGGAAAAGUUAAUGUCAGUAGACUAGAUGAUGCUCUUGAAAACAUGGGAUUCUCACUUGAGGAGGAAGAAAUUGAGGAACUGUAUACUCACUUGCCAGUUGAUGAGGAGAGAAGAGUUAAACUGGAUAAACUUCUGGAUGAAGUGCAUGAACUUCUAGGAGAAGAAGUUACCUCUGAAGACCUGGAAAAUACUCUGAAAAACAUAGGGUUAAGACUCAAACUGAAGGAGAACACUGUGUUGAUGAAAAGUUUGCCACUUGAUGCUGCUGGAAAAUUGUAUAAGCAUAGACUGCUGGAUGGCAUAAGGUCUCUCAAAGGAGUGGAGCUUAAUGUUAAUAAGUUAGGACCUUUCAUGAAAAAUAUGGGCUUUAACCUGGAAAAAGAAGAAUACCUUGACCUGCUUAGCAACCUGCCUGCUGAUGAUGAGGGGAAGAUUGAAGUGAAUGUGGUAAUGGAUGAAGGAAAUCUUUUUACAGGUGAGAAGAUUGAUAUGAGUAACAUGGAAACUUUUCUGGGAAAUAUGGGGAUGACGCUCACAGAAGAUAAAGGCAUGGAACUACAAAACAGGCUUCCAGUCGAUGACAAAGGAAGGAUGUAUGUGAACAGAUUGAUGAAAGAGUUAAGGUCUCUUGAAGGGGUGAAGGUGUCUCCAAAUAAGGUGGACACUUUCUUGAAAAACAUGGGAAUUGAUCUCAAGGAGAAAGAAAUCCAGGAACUGAAGGACUGCCUACCAGUUGAUGCCAAUGGGAAGAUUGACUUAAAUGUGUUGGUGGAUGAAGUUAAAAAUAUCACAGGAGAGAAGAUUCCUACUGAGGACCUGAAAAAUGUUCUGAAAGACAUGGGAAUAAAGAUCACAGACAAGGAACAUAAAAAGCUUCUGAAAACUUUGCCAGUUUCUGCUGAUAAAAAGGUGUUUGAGAAAGCAUUACUGGAGGGUGUGAAAUCUUUCAAAGGAGGAAGGGUUAGUGUCAGGGACCUAAAAAAUGUUCUACGGAAUACUGGGUUCAGACUUGAAGAAAAGGAAAUCCAGGACCUGCAGAGCCACCUACCAGUUAUUGAAGAUGAAAAGAUUGAUUUGGAUACGUUGAUGGAAGCAGCUAGUGCUUUUACAGGAGAAAAGGUUGAAGCCAAUGACUUAAAAAAUGUGCUGAGAAAUAUGGGAAUUGAGACCACUGAAAAAGAACAGUUGAUGCUGUUGAAAACUCUGCCAAUCUCUAGAGAUGGAAAGGUAUAUAAGAAGAGAUUACUGAAUAGUGUGAAGCCUCUCAAAGGGAAAAAAGUCAGUGUCAAGAACCUGAACACCCUUGCAAAGAACAUGGGGAUUCAGCUUGAGAAAGAGGACUUUCAGGACUUACUGAACCACCUGCCCAUUGACGAGAAUAAAAUGGUUGAUUUGAAUGUGGUGAUGGAUGACGCAAAAGCUUUUACAGGAGAGAAAGUUAAUGUCAAUAAUCUGAGCAAUGUGAUGAGGAAAAUGGGGCUAGUACUCACUGAUGAGGAGGAGCAGCAGCUGCUAAAAACUCUACCCAUUCAUGCUGAUGGAAAAGUAUAUAAAAAUAGAUUGCUAAAAGGUGUGAAGGCCCUCAGUGGACCAAGGGUCAAACUCAGAAAAGUGAAAUCUGUAAUGGAAAACAUGGGGAUUAAACUCAAGGAUGAGGAACUUGAGGAACUAAUGGCCCAACUGUCAACUGAUGAUGAUAGAACAGUUGGUCUGAAUGAUUUGAUGGAUACUGUCAGUUGCAUCAAGGGAGAGGUGAUUGAUAUCCAGGACUUAGACAAAUUUCUAGCAAAUGAGGGGAUCGAGCUCACAGAAGAAGACAUGAAGGAGCUGAUGUCUCAUUUGACUGUUAAUGGAAAUGGGAAGGUUAGAGUGGAUUCAAUAAUGGAGGGCCUAAAGAAGUUUAAAGCAAAAGGGAUGGUGCCACUACAUAAGUUGAUGAAAACUGGACAUGAUUCUAAAGACAGAGUUAUUGGCCCCAUGGCGGUUUCUGACAUUAAAUCAAAAUUUAAGCUAAAUCCUCUAACAAAAGUACCCAGCUCCCAUGGCAAAAGGGAUAAAGAUUUACCAGGAUCUCUCCCCUGCCAAAGCAAAGCAAAGAAGCUGAAUGCUUCACAAAUGCAAGCCUUUCAAGAUGCCUACAACUUCUUUAACAAGGAUAAAACUGGCUGUAUUGAUUUACAUGGAAUGAUGUGCACUUUAGCUAAGUUGGGAAUGAAUCUAACCAAGCAUGAUGUCUAUAAUGAAUUAAGAUGUGCUGAUAUUGAUCGAGAUGGGAAGGUGAAUUUCUCAGACUUUAUAAAGGUGCUAACAGAUAAGAAUCGCUUCCUUAAGGCUGUGGUUCCAGAAAAGGAGAAAUGUUUAGAUUCAGCUGGCAACCCAGGGAUCCUGUUGUUUGAAAUCCUAUCAAAGCUUGUAGAGACUUCAGCUUUACCCAGAAAGGCUGUAAUGGAAAUAGUAAGCUAUUUCCGAAGAAAAUUCCAGGAUACCACAUCAGGAAUGUCAUGGAGUCCCUACACUGUGGGUUAUGGGAAAAGGAGAUUUAAACCAGACAUAUGCACACCUCCAAGCUCAAGCACAGCUGCCUUUGCUAAUGCUGCCCGAAUCGCAAUAAUGCAAGAAAAGGAUUUACUUAAAUUUCUUGAAGAGCUCAAGAGGUGCAGUCCUCCUUCAGAUAGCCCAUAUUCAAAAAUACCCAUCUUUCCAUUGUUUCCUAACAAGGAUGGGGUGGUGAUGGGAAAGCCAUUCAAAGACAUACAGAAAUUAGAAAUGCUAAGGAGAAGGGAGCCUCUGGAUUUCUUUGAGAACUACUUUUUCCAUAAAAGAGACUGGAAGACACAGGCAGCAAAUAUAAAGCCUAUCAACCCAGUCUCAGGCUAUCCAAGUGACAUCCUAGCCAUUGACCAAACACUCAAGAAGAAGCAGAAUUGGACAGUGACGGAUGCAGCUGCUAUGAAACAGCACGUGAAGAGAGCUACUGAUGCCUAUAACUUGGGAAUUGCCCUUGAGCACCGGAAAGACAUGCUAAACCUCUGGCGGAAGAUCCGAGGGGAUCUGAUUGGAAUAGACACUAAAAAUGAGUCCUUUUAUGACACCUUUUCUACCUAUACAUGGUCCUGGAAUGUUUGCCAAGAAUUACUUUCACCGAAGGACUUAAGGUUAUAUGAUGCCUACAUGAAUAGGAAUACCUUCCACAACCCUGUAUUCUCUUCUUCCUCGGAUAUCAGUGAGUGUGACACAGAGACAGGAAGAAAAAGAAAACGGAAAGGUUUCAAAGGGUUUCGACAAUGAAAUUUCUACAUUUUCUAAACAGCUCAUUGCAAACUACUUUUUCAUAGAUAUCAAAAUUAUGGUUUCUUGCUUUUGUCUAGUACAUUCUUAGCAGCUGGAAAUGUUGACAUCUUUUGGAUUCUGACCAGUAAAAAAGUUUUAAGUCCUAAUGUGGUUUCCCUUUCCUAAUUCUGAACAAGUAACUAGAGGCCAUGCGGUUAUCUUCCCAGCAAAUGGCUGCGCUCUGCUGCCCCCACCUGGCUCAAAAGUGCCUGGGCAGAAGGAGAAAAGCUGCACGUGGGCACUUACCUCAACACAGGGAUGCCCCUCUGAGCCCCUGAGGGCUCUCUCAGCAAUAAGCAUCUGAGUUUAUGAGUUUAAGUGACAUUGGGUUUUUGAUUAUUUGCAAAAGAGGCCAGAGGCAGCAGAUGACAAUGAUCUUUCAGUUCCAGGGAAUAAUAUCACCAUCUCCCAGGGAAUCUUGAUUAAAUUUGGGUGUUCCUAAGGCUCCUUAGUCACACAUCAUAGGGCUGAUCUCUUGAAUCCCUCUUAAAAACAGUUGAUCUCACCAUUACACUUGUUGCUGUUGUUCUUUAGUGUAUUUAAUAAAGAUGCGCAGGGCGCCUGGGUGGCUCAGAUGGUUAAGCGUCUGCCUUUGGCUCAGGUCGUGAUCCCGGGGUUCUGGGACUGAGCCCCAUGUCAGGCUCCCUGAUCAGCGGGGAGUCUGCUUCUCCCUCUGCCUCUGCCCCUCCCCGUUUGUGCUUUCUCUUGCUCACUCUCUCUUGCUCGCUCUGUCUCUCUCAAAUAAACAAGAUCUGGGGAUGCCUGGGUGGCUCAGUCAUUCAGCGUCUGCCUUUGGCUCAGGUCAUGAUCCCAGGGUCCUGGGAUAGAGCCCCGCAUCGGGCUCCUUGCUCAGCAGGGAGCCUGCUUCUCCCUCUGCCUGCAGCUCCCCCUGCUUGUGCUCUCUCUCUCCCCCUCGCCGCCCCAUCAAAUAAAUAACUAAAAUCUUUUCAAAAAUAAAUAAAUAAAAUCUUAAAAAAAAAAAAAAAGUACCUUAUAGACAUGACCACUCUUCCUACCCAAAAAACAAGAUUUAAGGUUUGACAGAUUUUUUUUGGUAUGGCUAUGACUGUAAUAGGCAAUCUAAGAAAUGUAAUUUGGAUGCCAAAAUAUUAAAAUUCCUGGGAUAUUUUCUUGGAUCAAUGGGAUAACAGGAGAGAAUAUUUUUAAGUAUAUCUGUUCUGGAAAAUCUAAAAUGUAUAGUAAUACAGUCUAUCAAUCUGUCCCACACUGUGGUUGACAGUAGAAACUAGCAUCUUGCAGAUGAAAUACAGUAUAGCAACAGGUAUUCAGCCAUUCAUUCAACAAUUAUUUAUUGAGUUGCAUAAUGUGUGCUGGCCCGAGUUCUAGGACUUGGAUAUGUAACAGUGAAUGAACAGUAAAAUGCCCUGACCUCACAGCUGAGUAAUGCAGCUAAUUAUAACCACUGACUCAGUACUUCCACUUCUAGAAAUUAUUUCUAAAGAAGUAAUCAUGAAUAUACAAAUGAUUUAGUUAUAAAGAUAAUUAUCAUGUUGGAUUUUUAAUAGUAAGAAACUUAAAGUAGCCUAAAUGUCCAGCAAAUCAUGAUACAGCUCUAUAAAACAAUACCAGGGUCAUUAAAACAAUGUUAGAAAAGAACAUUCAAGCAGGAGAAUGAUAUUCACAAACUAUUAUCAACUUAUAAAACAGGCUACAACUGCUCAGAGCCAUGAGAAAACUUUACGGAGUUGUUCUAAAACCUAAUUUUGAUGGUAGUUGCACAAAUAUAGAUUUUUAUGAAAAUGUAUCCAACUGUACACUUAAGAUGGAUGAAUUUAAUUGUAUGUAAACUAAACCUCAAUGAAGCUGUGAAAAAUAGGGGAUAACGCAGUUCUGAAACUAUUUUAAUGUAAAGGUUACUUCUAUAAGUCAAUUAGAAAAAAAGACUGGAAAGAUAUAAACCAAAGUGUUUAAUGGAUUAAAUUAAGGAUGGAAUGGGGUGGUUUCUUUUUUUCUUUUGUCUAAAUGUUCUACAAUAAACACAUAUUUAUUUUGCAAUAGGAAAAAAACCACAAAGUCUGUUUAAAGUUGUUAAACCAGCAUAUUCAAUCCUCUAGGGCUGCUGCACGUUCCGUGAAACAAAUUAGGACACCCUUCCCCCACCUUUCAGUUCCAGAGCACAUGCUUACACAGACCAGAAUUUCCACUGAUCGGAACUGAAAGAAAGGCAUGAAAUAAUUAACUACCCAUGUCCCAGGUUGACACCCAAGGCAAUAAUCCAGACUGAGAGUUAACUUUUCCAGGCUUUGAAACCAUGCCACCCAGCUAGAAAAGCUCUUGAGGCUCACCAGCAGAGGGACCCUUAGGUCCCCUGAAAAGUAUUGCUGAAGCUACAGUCCAGUAUAUAGUCUGAUACUACAAAGGACUCACAGCCAUGUCUUCCCAAUUUCUUCAGAAAAAUGAUUUUAGGUGCUCCCAAAGAUGAAGAAAAAUGAGUUGUACAGGUCAACCAAAGAUAAUUGUAUAGAAAUUAAGUUUAGGAUACUUUUAUCACAUUUCAUCAAAAGGGACCAAGUUGUUUGACAUUUUCAAUGACUAAUUAUUGGAACUAAUAUAAUAAGUGACUUCAGGGGAAAACAGAGAGUGAGCUCUAUGCAAGGAAAUAUGCGGUAGGACUGCUGACUAGGAGCGUUAAUAGUUUUUGGUGUGGGGAGAAAAAAGCAUGGGCAAGAGAGAACAAGAUGCCAAGAAUAAAUAUAAACCAACCACUACAUCAAACAACUGGCCUUGAGAAAAGAUAAAAAUCCUUGUACUUGUUUUUUGGAAAGGAGGUUUUGUUCAAAAUGUUUCAAAAGACCGUGAGAAUGGCAAACGUGUUUUCGAAUAAAGUACAAGUUCUUUAUUAUCUUA